ACUUUCACCUUUCAUUAUUUUCAUUCAACUUCUUUCCACAUACACACUCAUCCCUCCACGGCGAUACGGCGAGGCAGUUAGGAAACUGCCUCGGCCGUCACCACCACCACCACCACCAUCGUGAUCAAACUUUGUAAUAAUAAAAAUACAAUUCAUUAAUAUUAUGAGCAGUAAGGAAGUAGUGUUCCAGGGAGGAGAAGUAGUUGUUGAAAACGAGAUCUUAGAUCAGGAGGACCAAUUUCAAGAAGAAGGUUUUGGUCAGAACUUGGCGCAAUUGUCAUUUAAGAAAAGAAAGCGUCUAACAAAGCAAUUAACAAUGUGCGGAGCGCCGGUUGACAUGGCUUGGGAGAGAAGGAGGCGACAAACUCAUCGGAGAAGGAAUAGCAUUCAUGAUUGUGACGACGAGGAUCUAAAUGAGCUAAGAGGAUGCAUUGAAUUAGGAUUUGGAUUCAAUGAAGAAGAUGGACAAAAACUUUGCAAUACAUUACCAGCUCUUGAUCUAUAUUUUGCCGUUAACCGAAACCUAUCUCCGGUCUCCACUCCUUCACCUACACCUCGCCGCGCUACCCACAGCCGUACAACUUCAUUGAUUACCAGCCCUAGUGGCAGCAUGGUUGAUUCCGAUUCUUGGAAGAUUUGUAGCCCAGGGGAUGACCCGGCACUUAUAAAAACCAAAUUAAGACACUGGGCUCAGGCUGUUGCUUGUUCAGUAAUGCAGUCACAAUGAUGAAGUCAAACGUGGGAUACAUACAUAACAUCAUACAUAUGUUCUGUUUUUUGGUUUUUUUUGUUUUUGUUUUGUACAGAGGGAGAGAGGUUCUCAUUCUAGACAUAUUCAUGUAUGGAAAAAAAAUGAAAUAAGGAAAAAGAAACUAUCAAACAAAGAAAAAGAAAAAAAAAAAUUGUUGCAGAUUUUCUUGAAGGUUUUUGUUGGAGCUGAACAAAUACAUUGGUUGGCUACAAUUUGUAUAUUGGUUAGAAGGUUAUGGUGUAAUCAAAUAUUGCUCCAUUUUCUUUUUACCUUUUUUCUUCCCUUCUUUAUAUGCAUUUUUUUUUUCUUCUCAA